ACAUCAUAGCAGUGGCCUGGUGCGUGUGGGUGACGUACGUGGCCGAAGAUGGCGGUCAGCGGGAAGCGGCCGGAGCACCGAGGACCGCCCGAGCUGUUCUACGAUGAGGCUGAAGCCCGGAAAUAUACGCACAAUUCUCGGAUGAUUGAGAUCCAGUCACAGAUGUCUGAACGAGCUGUGGAGCUGUUGGGUCUCCCAGAAGGCCAUCCAUGUUUUUUGCUGGAUGUGGGCUGUGGCUCUGGUUUGAGUGGGGAUUACAUCUCUGAGGAGGGACACUUCUGGGUGGGUAUGGACAUCAGCUCUGCUAUGCUGGAUGUGGCUAUUGAGAGAGAAGUGGAGGGAGACCUGAUGCUCACAGACAUGGGUCAGGGGAUCCCCUUCAGGCCUGGGACCUUUGAUGGCUGCAUCAGCAUUUCUGCAGCGCAGUGGCUCUGCAACGCUGAUAAGAAGACACACAGCCCUCCAAAACGAUUGUAUCGAUUCUUCUCUACUCUUUAUACUGCACUGGCCCGAGGAGCCCGAGCUGUUCUGCAGCUUUAUCCAGAAAACGCUCAGCAGCUGGAACUCAUCACCACCCAGGCCAUGAAAGCAGGCUUCACUGGCGGCAUGGUGGUGGAUUACCCCAACAGUGCCAAAGCGAAGAAGUUUUUUCUCUGCCUCUUUGUUGGCCCAAGUGAUGUUUUGCCAAAGGGUCUCGGCACGGAGUGCAGCGACGAAGAACCAGCACAGGCAAAAUUCAUCAGUGAAAGAAUACGGUUUAAGAAUGCUAAAGGGCGGUCAGUGAAGAAAAGCCGGGAUUGGGUGCUGGAGAAGAAGGAGCGGCGGCGGCGGCAGGGCAAGGAAGUGCGGGCAGACACGAAAUACACAGGCCGAAAGCGGCGGCCUCAUUUCUGAGACCCCAUCCCGCCUUUGGAACUGCUUCCAGUCUAUGGAGUACAGCACCUGCCAGUGUGGCCUUUUACAUUGGAAGACACUGGCCGAAGUCCUGCAUCUGAGCUUCCACCUAGGCCCAUGCCCGAACUGCGUCUAGUCUGCUUGAACCACAGCAAGCAAAGGCUUCUUGGAGAGACAGACUCGUAUCCAUAGGGUUUGACUAGCAUUCAUAUCGGCCUGCUUUCCUAGGCCUUUCUCCAGCCGGGCUGGGAAGCUGCAGCUUGGUUCCCCCCCCCCCCCUUAUUGCUACUCAAGCUCAGCUGUUGAGCUACAGCAGCAUCGAUUGCAGCCCUGCUGGUGCGCUCUGUGUGCGGCAGGGGUUGGGGGAGACAUUAAAAACCUUUUAAGAACCUGAUGAUAAAGUAGUCCCGAAAGGGGGCUUUAGAAAAAGGAUUAAAACUGAUGACUCAA